AUGUCUGUAGUUCCCGACAAGAUACUCAGUCUGCCAAAGCAGCCAUUUCGGGACCCAGCAGGUAUUAUCCUGCAUUUACUUUGCGAUGCGGAAGAAACCAAGAAUGCCAACACAGUUGUCAUGUGGCACCAGUCGUCAGCUGCUACGGAUAGCUACCGGCCGAGUCGACAGAGUCAGAAGAGGCAUGGAUUCUCACUCCACUGCAGCAAGCCUACAAAAUCACCAAACCGGAUUUGGAAGGAAACUCGCAGCGAUGGAAAGAAUGAUGUCAACAUGACGAUCCAUACUUGGACAAAUAUGACCGAGAACCGUGAGGUUUAUGCUUUAGAGUCCAUACACUGUGAGCAACGUCCAUUCUUCCAAAGCCCCAAGGCCAAGGAUGUCAUGACCGUCAGCGGCACCAUGGCCGGUAGACAUCUCUUAUCUGUCGUGCUGGAAUCGUUCUCCGUACUGCUCACUUGCUGA